AUGACCACUUCAGCCAACAUCGAGGGCAUGCAAGCUCACAUGGCCCAGUACAAGGGCGACCGCUACGUCGAUGGCUGGGCCUCGCUCUGGGACAAGGGUGAUAACCUGCCCUGGGACCGCGGCUUCCCCAACCCGGCGUUGGAAGACGCCCUAGUCCAGCGCCGCGCCACCAUCGGCGGGCCGAUUGCCCAGGACGCACAGAACAAGUCCUACAGACGAAAGGCCCUGGUCCCAGGCUGCGGCCGAGGAGUGGAUGUGCUCCUGCUCGCAAGCUUUGGGUAUGAUGCGUACGGUCUGGAAUAUAGCCCCGCCGCCGUGGAGGCCUGCAAGAAGGAGGAGUCGGAGAAUCAUAGCUGGUACCGAGUGCGUGAUCAGACCAUCGGCCAGGGAAAGGUCACUUUUGUGCAAGGUGACUUCUUUGAUGAUGCAUGGCUAGAGAAAAUCGGGGUGCCGUUGAACGGGUUUGAUGUGAUCUAUGACUAUACGUUCUUCUGUGCCCUGAAUCCGGCUAUGCGUCCCAAGUGGGCGCUUCGUCAUACCCAACUCCUGGCCCCUUCUCCGGCCGGUAACCUGAUCUGCCUGGAGUUUCCGCGCCACAAGGAUCCUCUGGCUGCAGGACCGCCAUAUGCCUCUCCCUCGGAGGCUUAUGUGGAGCAUCUGAGCCACCCGGGAGAAGAGAUUACUUACAAUGAUAAGGGCCUGGUCAAGCAAGACCCCCUGCGAGCACCCAGCAAAAAUGGUCUGGAGCGGGUGGCAUACUGGCAGCCUGAGCGAACGCAUGAGGCGGGCCAGGGAAAGGAUGGAGCGAUCUUUGACAGAGUUUCUAUUUGGCGUCGACGUAACUAG